GGAAGUCAUGAGUGCGGUGACUUGUGGACGCUACACUCGUCCAAAUCUUAUUUUGCUACUAUUAAUUAUCGUCCAACUUGGCCUACACACAGCAGAAGGUGUAUGGCCAUUACCACAGGCUUUCACCUCCUCAACGGAACGAUAUCCACUGCACCCACAGGCUUUUUACUUCGGUUACGGAAAACAGUCAGCCGCACAGCAGGGCUGUUCUGUUCUGGAUGCUGCGUUCAAGAGAUAUUUUUCUCUUAUUUUUCCAGACUAUACAUCUGCAAAUGGUGUCCUUAGAUUCAGAGAUGAUAAACCAUUUACUGUGGAGAUCAGUGUUGACCACGAUGACUGUGAGAGUUACCCAAAGGAGGACUCUUCUGAGAAAUAUAAUCUGGUUGUCUCUGAAAGGAAAGCAGCUCUGAAUGCAGAAACCGUGUGGGGUGCUGUAAGAGGUCUGGAAACCUUCAGUCAGCUGGUGUAUCAGGAUGAUUUUGGCUCAUAUUUUGUGAACAAGACUGAGAUUGAGGACUUCCCCCGGUUUCAGUUCAGGGGGAUUUUGUUGGACACUUCACGUCACUAUUUACCAGUGCAGGCCAUUUUAAAAACUCUGGAUGCAAUGGCUUACAGUAAGUUCAAUGUGCUUCACUGGCACAUUGUUGAUGACCCCUCAUUCCCUUACCAGAGCCGCACCUUUCCAGACCUUUCCAGUAAGGGGGCUUUCCAUCCAAUGACUCACAUCUACACACAGUCAGAUGUGAGAAGGGUGAUCUCAUAUGCCAGGCUGCGGGGAAUUAGAAUCCUUCCUGAGUUUGAUUCGCCGGGCCACACCAAAUCUUGGGGAAAAGGGCAGUCAGACCUGUUAACUCCCUGCUACAGAAGGGGUACCCCUUCAGGUACUUUUGGUCCUGUUAAUCCAGCGUUACCCUCCACCUACCAGUUCAUGGCAAGACUAUUUAAGGAAGUGUCAUCAGUGUUUCCUGAUUCCUAUAUCCACUUAGGAGGGGAUGAGGUGGACUUUUCCUGCUGGAGAUCUAAUCCUGACAUCCGUGCAUUCAUGCAGAAGAUGGGAUUUGGAGUAGACUUCACCAAAUUAGAAGCAUUCUACAUGGAGAGCCUUGUGAAUAUCACUUUAGCUCUGAACAAGACAUCUAUCGUGUGGCAGGAUGUGUUUGACUACCAUCGAAGACGCAGCUCUCUAUCAGUGGUGGAGGUAUGGAGAGAAGGCUGUUACCUGUGUGAGGUACGCAGGGUGACUAAAGCAGGAAUCAAGGUGAUUCUGGCCUCCCCGUGGUAUCUGGACCAGCCAGGACCCACACACAACUGGGCCCGCUACUACACUGUGUGGCCCCUCGCCUUCAAGGGUACUGAAGAACAGAAGAAACUGGUGAUAGGGGGUGAGGUCUGCAUGUGGGGAGAAUAUGUUGAUGCCACCAAUCUCACUCCACGUCUUUGGCCAAGAGCAAGUGCUGCAGCAGAGAGACUGUGGAGUGAUGAGAAGCAGACCUCCAGUGUGGAGAAGGCCUUUCCUCGUUUGCUGGACUUCCGCUGCAAGCUUGUGAGGCGUGGCAUCCAGGCAGAGCCUCUCUAUGUUGGACACUGCAAACAUGAGUACCAGGGUGUUUGAAGAUACUGGGUGGACUAACAUUACAGCAUUUUUCAGAGUGUUUGAACUUUUAUUAAAGUUCAUAGUUGCCUUCUUAUCUAAUUCUGAAAAAAAAAAAAAAAAUCACGUGUGGGGCAUUUAAAGUGGUAUGAAAUCUUCCUCCA